AUGGUGGAUUCAUCAGAAGAAUAUGCACUAAUGGAAGAAAGAAAAGAGCUCAUGGUUUCACCCAUUGAUGAUGAUGAUGAUGAAGAAGUGAAACCCAUUUUUAGAGUUGCCCAUUUUCUUAAACCAACCUUACCCUCUUCCCAAAACCCCCCAUUUCUCCCUUCAAGACCAAAAUUUCAAGAAUUGAUGACAAAAUCUUGUCUUUCUUCACUAAAUGUCAAGUUUAGAGGUGGGGUUAUGUAUAUGAAUGGAUGGUCUAAAUGGGUUAAUGAGUUAAAGCCUUUAUACCAACAAACAUGGAAAAAAGCUGGAAUCUUUGAAGCUAUUACAGCUUCAACAUUCAAGAUUCAUCUUCAUAGUGAUUUGAUUCUUGCUCUUGGUGAAAAAUGGUGUUUGCAGACUAACACAUUCAUUUUACCAUGGGGUGAAUCAACUGUUACUUUGGAGGAUUUGUUAGUUUUAGGUGGUUUCUCUGUUUUAGGUCAUUCUGUGUUGAAACCUGUUAAGACUAAAGAGUGUGUUGAAAUGGAAGAAAGACUUGGGGAGGUUUUUAAAGUUUUUGGAAAAAGUAAAGUGAAUCUUUAUCAUCAUGGCUGGAUGGAGUAUUUUGAAGGGAAAGGUGGUAAUGACCAUUUAGAGCAUGUUGCAUUUUUGACCCUUUGGUUGUCUAGGUUUGUGCUUCCCAAAAAUAGUUUUCAAAAUGUGGACAAAGGUGUUAUUCCUAUUGCAUUUCAUCUUUCUCAAGGUAUUCCAAUAGCACUUGCCCCUGCUGUUCUUGCUACCGUUUAUCGGGAUUUGAACUUGCUUAAACAGUUCAUUGUAUCUUCAUCGAAGCAUACGGAACAUAGUAGUAAUUCUAGAUGUAUAGUAGAUGAGUCGGAGCUUAUCCUCCGUGCUCCUCUUCAAUUUGUUCAGCUAUGGGCAUGGGAGAGAUUUAUCACUUUGCAGCCUAAGCCUAGUGUUGUUUACUGUGGGGAGCCAAGAGUAGCUAGAUGGCAUAAGGUGAAAAAACUAGAAAGUGUUGAUCCUAAGAGUGAAAUGAAUUCUGCAGGAGAAUGUUUUCUGUGGCGUCCUUACGCUAUUGAUACUGUGAAGAAUUGGGACGUUAAGAGAUUUUACAAGGAAAGGGAGGAAUAUGUGGUGGUUGGACCAAAUAUGGGAAGAGAAAUCUUGAUAUUUGCUCGACUUAUUCGAGCUUCUGAACUAGUUGGGAUGGAUUGUGUGGAGCUGUAUAAUCCACAUAGAGUAUGUAUGCAAUUUGGAUUUGAUCAAGAUGUGCCCGGUUGUGUGAAUCAUGCUUGGAGAAAUUAUGACAGACCAAUUAAAGAUGCCAACCUCUAUAUACCUUCCAGGCUCUUCGAGUCAGAUGUUAGCACACGAUACUUGGAGUGGUGGAAGGACCAAAACGUUGCAUUAGGCGAUGCUUUUAAGUGUGUAACCAAGGGAAAACGGUCUAAAACUCAUGGAAGGAUACCAAGACUAUCGUGGGGACACAAUGAAAAGUUGAAUGCCUCUGUAUGUUGUGAAUUUGUGCAGAAAUGCGACGAGGUUAGAACAGAAGGACCUCACGGGCAAUCUUCUUCAGCUUUGAAUGAUGGAACUCAAACUUCCCCCCAGAGGAAGGCCUUAAUAGAAUCAAAACCGUUAAAAUCAGAGGAAUUAGAUGGAGAUGAGGCAUAUGAAGCUAAAGAAAUGGUGACACUAGAGAGAAAGGAAAACAACGACAAAUUAGGUGGCUGUAAGUUUAAUUUGCCUGAUAGUUUAGAACUUCCAAGUGAGGGUCCAAAUGCAAAUAGGCGCGAUGGUAGAUAUGCAGAAUUUUCGAGAAGUGGUAUUGCUAAAAUGAGUUUGCAGAUAAGAAAUGAUUCAGUGGAAGCACAUAAGGUAGGUACAAAUGUUAUCAAUAGGACCGAAGGAAAUAUGCAGAUUGAGAACAUUGAAAUGAUCGAUAUUCCGAAACUUGAGAUGAGGAUUAGAAACCUUGAAAACAUCAUUUCUGGAAAGGUUCCAGUGCCUGGGACAAGGUGA